UAGUUCAGUGAUCUAGAAGCCUACAACAGUCACUUGCCAACAAAAAUCGUCAAAAUUGACAAGCUGUUCUGUUUUUUUAAAAAUUUCGGUUCUCUAAAUUUCGAUCAGCCAAAAAGAUGACGGACUUGAAAAUUUGCGAAUGUAGAUCGCCCGACGAUCCCGAUCUGUGCGCGAACCAUCCCCUGUACAUAGAGGCGUGCAAAAAACGUUUCAGCGAAGACGAACUAGCGACGGUUAUACAAGACGAGUUGUUUUGGGGAUUCGGCGUCAGGGAUUUCAGAAGGAAGAAGUUUCAACUUAAAGGUGUACCACCUAAGAAGUCUCCGUACGAAUUCCCUUUUGCGAUAUGCAGGGCUAUGCAGAUACCAUGCAAGAAAAAGAAAAAAAAGAAAUGGAUAUGCCCGGCCAUACCGAAAAAAAUCACCUUAGAAGACAAAUACGUAAUGACGCAACAAGAAUAUUGCAACUAUCUCGCUCAGCCCGUCAUCAAACCUCGUUGCGACUAUUGGAAACCUGUCAAACGAAAGAGAUGCGAGAUAGAACCGUGCCCUCCGAGAUUCGUGCAGCUCGCCAUACCGCACAAGAGACGCGUCUACUAUAAUUGGAAGUGCUAUCAUCCCGUUCUUACCACGGAAAUGAUACUCAGAUUGGAGCAGAUUUUGCAUACGGACAAGAACUUGGAUCCUAGAGAUGCGAGGUGGUACUACAAAAAGCUGGACAAGCUAAAGAAGAAAUGCCUGCGAAACAGGCGAAAAAUGAGAAGGAAGAAAAUCAAAGAGCGAGAUGCGGGCGGAGAAAAAUGGCUGAGCGACAACAUUAAAGCGACUGCGCAAGUCAUAAUCGAUUAUCUCAGAGACGAACCGCUGUUUUCGUUGAAUUACAAGCAGUUGAUGUUGAGCGACGCCAUUUUAACUAAGUUGGACGAGCGGAAGAUUUUGAAGAAGCCGAAAAGGAAUACGAAGAAUCAUUACAAGAGGACUCUUGUUGAGAUUAGCGACAAAGUAGCGCUGUGGAUGGACACAAUAACCAAAUUCGUUGACAUGCAAGCAGUAGAAGACGCAGACGAUUUUCCGCCUGUGACGAUAUCGACGAUAAGUGAUGAGGAAGGAGAAGAACUAGAAUCGGAAAUUGAAGAAGAAAUGACGCUAGGCGAAGAAGAAGACGAAUUCGACGAAUGGGCCCUUUUGGAGGAACUUAUCCGAAUUUACAGGAAUUGUACACCCAGCGACUACAUGCAAAGUGAUGUUGGUCCCAUGCCCUGGAUAAAAUACAUCGAUAUAUUGGACGCAUUGAUUUGGUUAAGGGACUUACUUAAAGAAACCGGUCCACCCCCGCCGCCAGGUUUACUAGAAGAGGCCAUGGUUGAGUGGUUGCAAGAAAUUUCCCCUGAAAAACUCAACGAGAAAACGUUGAAACAAAUCCACGAUUACGCCUGCGCCAUUGCCGAUAAACUGAGGAAACAAGGAUGGGGAGACGAUACUGGACCUCAAGCAGUAGAAGCCGAGGAAGAAAAACCCGCUCCUCCUCCCACGCGUCCUCCUUGUCCCCCACCGAAGCCCCCACCAGCAGAACCCCCGCCUGAGAAAAUCUGUCCUCCUCCAACGAUGCCGGAAGAACCAGCACCCGAAUUGGAACCAUGCGAGAGCGCCGAAUCCGGUGCUAUGAUAUUGGGGCACAAACCCUCGUUCAUCACGGAACACUCCCCCGACGCCAUAUGUUGCCUUUCGUUGAAAAUUUGGGCCGUGUGGUUAUUGGAAGUCUGCCAUAACGCUCACGUAUGGACGAAAUGGAUGCACGAAGUUAUCCGACAGAUUAGAGAAUUCGCCGCUACCGUCAGAGGCGAUAUCAAGCUGCCCAACGGCCAAAGAAAGGUCCUGUACAAGGACGAAUGGAGGCAGUUCAUUUGCGAAACUGAAGAGAAGAUCGUUUUCUGGAUGGAUUACAGCCAGCACGUUAAAGAGUUGUCUGACGAUAUCAUCGAGAACUUUAAAGGUAGACCCGUGUAUUGCUGCCCCAAGUGUUUGCAAGACCAUCUUAUUAAGAAUGUCGUAACAGCCCACGAAACACUCGAUAGUUUGACAGAAGCAAUGAACAUGGCGCAGUACUGGAGAAAAUGCUUGGACAGCUUGGUGGCUACCACGGCUGCGCUGACAGAUCUAGAUGAAAUGGAAUCUUCUAGCGAGGAAUCUGUUCUCAGCACCAUAGAAAUAUUCGAAUACGCCGUGUGUCCGAGAUACGUGCCUAAGAAAAAGAGUACUGGCAGCAGUAAAUCUGACGAGGAUGGCGACGAUGAUUCAUCAUCUGCAGCCAGCGAAGGUUCUUAUCGCAUCUUGCAAAUGGAUCCGAGAAUCGAGAAACCCGAUUGUGAUUGCAUUUAGUAAAAGAAACAGUCUUAAAGAUACAUUCUGUUUUUGUACGAUCAUCAUUAAAAAUGUCAAAACAAACA